GGCCCGCAGCCGGGCGCCCCGCACAGCCCGCGCCAGGGCCGCCGCACCCAGCCGCGCCGGCGAGGACAUGGGCCGCCGCGCCGCGCCCGCCCCCCGCGCCGAUGUGAAUUAUUAAAAAGAAAAUGGCCCAACGGAGCACUGUAUUUCCUUCUCUCGUCACCGAGGAAAGGCGAGUUAGAACCAUGCCCCGACAUAGCCAGUCCCUGACCAUGGCACCAUACUCAUCUGUAAGCCUAGUGGAACAACUGGAAGAUAGGAUCCUCUGCCACGAGAAAACAACUGCAGCCCUUGUGGAGCACGCCUUCCGGAUUAAAGACGACAUCGUCAGCAGUUUGCAGAAAAUGCAAAACAAAGGCGGAGGUGACCGCUUGGCCAGGCUUUUCUUGGAGGAGCACAUCAGAAACAUAACUGCCAUAGUGAAACAACUCAAUCGGGAUAUUGAGGUACUCCAGGAGCAGAUCCGGGCCCGGGACAACAUCAGCUAUGGAACUAAUUCUGCCUUAAAGACUUUGGAGAUGCGUCAGCUCUCUGGUUUGGGAGACCUUCGGGGAAGAGUGGCAAGAUGUGAUGCCAGCAUAGCCAGACUCUCUGCAGAGCACAAAACAACUUACGAAGGGCUCCAGCACUUGAACAAAGAACAGCAGGCGGCCAAACUUAUCUUGGAGACGAAAAUCAAAGACGCAGAGGGACAGAUUUCUCAGCUUUUGAACAGAGUGGACUUGUCAAUAUCAGAGCAAAGCACCAAACUGAAGAUGUCCCACAGAGACAGUAACCACCAGCUUCAGCUUUUGGAUACGAAAUUUAAAGGGACGAUUGAGGAACUCAGUAAUGAGAUUUUAUCUGCACGGAAUUGGUUGCAACAGGAACAAGAACGGAUAGAGAAAGAACUCUUACAGAAAAUUGAUCAGCUUUCCUUGGUUGUGAAGGAAAACAGUGGAGCCAGUGAAAGGGACAUGGAGAAGAAGCUCAGCCAGAUGUCAGCCAGGCUGGACAAAAUAGAAGAGAGUCAGAAGAAGAACAUGGAAGUGCAGAGAACAAAACAAGAAGAGGAGAGGGUGCAUGGGCGCAUCAGCAAGCUGGAGUUACAGAUGAAUGAGGAUAUGAAGGAGAUGAAGGCAGAAGUUGAUGCUGGGUUUACAGCCAUCUAUGAAAGCAUAGGAUCCCUCAGGCAAGUUCUUGAAGCCAAGAUGAAGUUGGACAAGGACCAGCUACUGAAGCAAAUCCAGCAGAUGCAGAAGCCAGAAGCUCCCCUGUGAAGGGAGCCAGGACCAGGACCUCAGAAGGGGUUUUGCCAGUGGGGCUAGAGCUGGAUACCUCUGUAGCCAGGCUGUCACCGCAUUCAGGAUUGUUCUACUCAUGGCGUGCAUGUGCCAAGCAAUGUUUUUUCAUGGGUCUAAAUGUUUACCUUGAGUCUCGAAAACACUUUCUUUAAAAGUAUGAAGUACAAUUUUUACCACUCUAUUCCAUUUCUCCAAAUUCAAUGGAAUAUCCUCCCUGCCCCUAGAUUGGGAAAGGCUUCUAUUCCCUUCAUUUUAUGAAUGAAAAGACUUAACAACUUUCCUUCAAUGCUUGACGCUCUAGCCAAGACUUUACUAUUUUGAAAAAUGUCAUGGUGAUUUUUUUUUAAUUAAGAAACAAAUGAAUUGUCACAGGAAUGUGUUGCUCCUCACCCUAAAUUAAGAGAAUGUCCUGGUAGAUUAGAAUUCAACCUUUUAGUCCAUAUUUGGAUUUUAUUACUGUUAAUCUGUGCAUUUCUUAUAUGGUUAUCUUCUUGUAAAUCUUCUGUCUUUUGUAGGGAGAAGGGAUUUAACUUUUGGAAAACCACCCCCCCACACACACACAUACCAUUUAUGUAAUGAAAAUAGCUUCAAAAUUGAUAAAACUGCCAUAGACAUUGCAAAUUAAAAUGGAAACUUAAGACAAUUAUCUAGAUAAUGCAAGGCACAAUGUCUACAUCAACCACCUAGUUAUACCAGGUUUUAAUAUUGAAAACUUUUUUCAAUUAUCCACAGCCUGUAUAGUGAUAGCCAUAUAUUUAAUAAUGGAAUGGUGGUUAAUAGUUUGUUUAUUGCACAAUUAAUUGUUUGUUAAUCAUAAUAGGAUGUGAGAAUUUUUCAGGCUUUAUGAUCUCUUCUCUAAAUGUUUCCAAAAUUGGCACAAAGUGCUAACUAAGGUUUAUAUACACUUAUUGUAACUGUAUUCUUGUGCCUUGGUUUUACCACGUCAAUGCACUGUAUCCUAUAAAAGUUUUACAGACAAAAUAGAAGGCAUGAUAAUACAUCAGAAUUAUGAUGUAAAAAUGGGAUCCUAUGUAAUUUUUAAAUGUUCUAAAAAUUUUAUCACUGUUAAGACAUUGAUCAUUCAGUAUUAUUAAUGAAAUAGAAAUUCAUACUUUUGUAUGGACAGAGAAUCAAAUUGAUAUUGCAUUUAUAACAUUGUCAAGAAACUUUCAUUUUGAGCAGCUUUGUAGAUGAUGGGUGUUUUCUUUUCAAUCGCCAUAUUUGAUUAAUCAUUGAAAAUUGGCACCAGUGAAAUUGUUCACCUGUGUAUGUACAAACCAAUGGUGAGACACACUGUUCUAAACUGUGAGGGUGCCCAAGAAAAGGAAAACAAUUCUUUAAAAAUUUAAAAAAAAUUGUUUUUUGUUUGCCAAGGACUCAGGAAAAUUAAAGCAUUUUCUAUUUUUAGGAUAAAUCAUAAAUGAGAUAUAUAACUGGCUAUUACUGUUUACCCAUUUAAAAUAUGCUGCUAAAGUAUAUAAUAUUUUACCUUCAAUGGCUGGACACAUUUUUUUUUAAUUUGGACCUGAGAAAUCAUAUAAGGAAUGUGUCAUCCAACAUAUAUUUCCUUAUUUUGUCAUAAAUCUUUGCAUCUCUAUAUAGGAAAACUAUUUCCACUUAACAAUGAAAAAACAAAGGUUCAUGCUCUUUUCCAAUCAGAAAGUGAAUUUUUUUUUAUGGUGGAGUAAACCGCAUUUAACCCAGUUUUCCCUGUUGAAGCACAAGCCACAGCACAGAGAGUUAUGCCCCCUCCAAUGUCCUUCUCUGUGGUCUAGUGAGGAGGAAGAACCAGCAUAUGGGACUCCUGGGGAGAGCAGGACAGCUGGACUCGGGUCAGGGGGUGACAGGAACAGGUGGCGGUUGGCUGUCCACUGAAAUUGCUCAGGUGCUUCUGAUGCUGCCAACCUGCUGUCAUGAGCUCCAGCAGGGGUUCUCCACUCUGGCAACAUGUUGGAGUCACCUGGGGAGUUCAGAAAGCUACCAGUGCCCAGGCUGUCCCCUUGACCAACGAAGCCAGAAACUCUGGGAGGUGGGACACAGGACAGGCAUCAGUAGGUACCAGAGGCCCCAGGGGGAUGUCAGAGGCUGCUGAGGUUGUAAGCCACUGAGCUACAGAGUACUCUUAUGACCAAAGUUUAAAAGAGGAUCAGCUUCCACGUUCUUUCCUUUACCAGAAAUUUGCAAUAAAAAGAAUAGAAUUUCCAAAUAAAUGUGGCACAUAAUUUUUAAACUUAAAAGUAUUUUAGUGUGAGGCAACCGCCUGGGAACUGGAAAGUCAUGAGGAGCUGCUCCUUCUGUGGGUUUCCCAGGCUGCGGUGCCUUCUCACUUCUGGAAUAAUGCCAGUGGGCAGUUGCCAGUGUGUGCACUGUGCACCUGUGCUGCUGCUAACCUGGUGUGUGUUCCCUUGUUUCAUUGUAGCAACAAGUACUAUUCGCUUCUCCAUUUUACAGAUGAGAAAAAUGGGUCGCCUAAAGGUUGGGCAACUUACCCUCAAAUCCUGCAGCUAAUAAGUGGGAUCCAUGAUUCACACCAGGCAGCCUACUUCCCCAGUUUGGGCAACCAGUAUGCCACUAUCCUACCUCUAAAGAGGCAUCCUUGCUUCCCAUGUAACGGACUCAUCAGGCCACCAACUGCAGCCCCCUCUCUACAUGAUCUUACAGCUCUACCAUCUGAGUCCUUUUGCUUUUUAAUGUCCCAGUUCCAAACACCUAAAAGAGGCACCUUAGUAGCUUCACUUGGGUCAGAUGUCUUCCUCUGGUUUAUCCGGAGGCAAGAGAGGUGGGGCCAGUUGGUGACACAGGACUGUAGGGUCCCAGGCAUUUCAUGCCCUGUGCUUAGGCUGUCCUAGGCAGUGGACUGUGGUUCUGUGUAUUGGGAGGUGAGUCAUGUUGGGUGACUACAGAGCAGAACAGACGAAUGAUUCCUUCUAAACUCUGGUUAUCCCACUUGGCUCUCAGUCUGAAAAAAACCCAGAAACCACCUAUGACAUCCUGGAAACUCAGUGGUAACUAUACGGAGUUCUUCUGUCACUGCCCUCUUCUAGCUGUGUGAUCUUGGGCAGUUCCCUUAACCUUUCUGAAUCCGUUUUCUCAUCUGCAGAAUGGAAAUUAUAAUUGUUUAAAAGAGGCAGCUAGGUUAUAAUUUUUGAAAUGCUGAAGUAGUUAAUGUAAUAUUGGGUAUUAAAUGGUCAAAUAUAGGGUAUGGAAGGGAAGAUCCUGGUGGUAUAACAUAGCAAGUAAAUGGGAGGGGUCCAUGUUUUGGUUCAAAGCAUCCUAUUACCUGCUGGGAUCAUUUAUGGGAAGUGACUCUAACCUCCAAGAACGUAUCCCAGCCUGAAACACAGAAGAGCAGUAGAGCCUGGAUGAAGAGAUAAGUAGCCAGGACCAGAAUCAGGAUAGUCCUUGAAAGUGGGGGAGCUCUGGCCAGAUCCUCAGGCUAGUCAGGCUUAUCUCGAGCAGGCGUGGCUUCCCCAGGACUGAGCCUAGGAUGAGGUGCGUCCACUGAGGGGCCAGUGUUGACAGGGCUGCAGUGGGUGGGAUCAGACCCAGAAGGUAGAAGCAAUGAAUAAGCAAACGUGGUAUAUACAUACAAUGGAAUACUAUAGCAAGGAAAUCCUGACACAUGUUAUAGCAUGGAGGACUCUCGAGGGCAUUUUGUUUAGUGAAAUAAGCAAGUCACCGAAGGACAAAUGUUGUAUGAUACCACUUAUAUGAAGAACAUAGAAGAGUCAAAUUCAUAGAAACAGAGUAGUAUGAUAGUUGCCAGAAGCUUGGGGGUGAGGUGGGGAAUGGGGAGCUAGUAUCAAAUGGGUACAGAGUUUCAGCUGGAGAAAAGGAAAAAUUUCUGAAGAUGGAUGGUGGUGAUGGUUGCAAACAAUGUGAAUGAACUUAAUGCACUUAAUGUGCUUAAUGACACAAUGUACCUUAAUGUACUUAAUGACACAGAACCAUACGUUUAAAAAGGAUUAAGGAUGCCUGGGCAGUGCAGUUGGUUAAGUGUCCAACUCUUGGGUUCAGCCCAGGUUGUAAUCUCAGGGUUGUGAGACCUAGCCCCAUAUUGGGCUCUGUGCUCAGUAGGGAGUCUGAUUAAGACUCUCUCUCCCUCUCCCUCUGCCCUUCCCCUCUGUGUGCUCUCUCUCUCUCUAAAAUAAAUAAAUCUUUAAAAAAAUGGUUAAACUAGGGGUGCCUGGGUAGCUCAGUCGGUUAAACAUCUGACUCUUGGUUUCGGCUCAGGUCGUGAUCUCAGGGUCCAGGGAUUGAGCCCCUUGAGACAGGCUCUGUACUCAGCAGGGAGUCUGCUUAAGACUCUCUCUCCCUUCCCUCUCCCUCUGCCCCUCCCCUCCAAAUAAAUCUUUAAAAAAAAGAUAUAUGUACAUUUUGCUAGUUAACCAUUUUUAUUUAAAAAAUUUUUAAAGACCAUUUUAGAGAGAGAGAGCACAUGUGUGAGUGGGGGGAGGGGCAAAAGGAGAGGGGGAGAGAGAGAGAGAGGCAGACUCCCUGCUGAGCGCAGAGCCUGACACAGGGCUCGAUCCCACGGCCCUGAGAUCACGACCUGAGCCAAAAUCAAGAGUCAGAUGCUCAAUGGACUGAGCCACCCAGGCACCCCAAAAUGUACAUAUGUCUUACAAACAACAAAACAAAAGAAAUGGAUUUCUUAGCCUUCCAGUUGACCCUUCAGAUGAGACUGCAGCCCUGGCAGCUUUACUGCACCCUCCUGAGAGAUGUUGAACUAGAGGUGCCCAGCUAAGCCAUGCCCACACGUCUGACCCAAAGAAACUGUGAGAUGAUAAGUAUUUGUUGUUUGAAAUUGCUACAUUUUGGGGUAAUCUGUUAUAUGUAGCAAUAGAAAACUGAUGCACUGGCACUGGGUAAUUUUGACACAACUGUUUUGUGGAAAUACAUAUUUCUUGUGCUACAAAUGACAUGUUCACAUAUAUAAUCUCAGUUAAUACAUUUUCUGAGCAGGACAUGAUCUUAACAACUUAUACUGAAUGGCAUAUAUACCUUAUCUCAUUUAAUCUUUGUAAUUACCCUAUUUGGUGUGUACUAUUAUUUCCAUUUUGUGGAUGGAGCAGAGAGGGAACAGUUGAAUGUUGACUAAUAUUACAGUUGACUCUUGACCAACACAGAUUUGAACUGCUAAGGCCCACUUACAUGUGGAUUUUUUUUUUAUAAAUACAGUACUGUAAAUGUAUUUUCUCUUAUGGUUUUCUUAAUAAAAUUUUUUUCUAGCUUA